AUGGACGUGACAAACGGAACUUCGGCCAGCGCUGCGGCAACGGUCAACGGCAACUCGACGGAAUCGGAGCCGUUCAAGCUCAAAUUCUGCACCGUCUGCGCCAGCAAUAACAAUCGGUCUAUGGAAGCGCACCUCCGCCUAUCGCAGGCUGGCUAUCCGGUCAUAUCGUUCGGGACGGGGUCCCUGGUCCGACUGCCAGGGCCGACCAUCACGCAGCCCAACGUGUAUCACUUCAACAGCACGUCGUACGACAGCAUGUACCGGGAGCUCGAGGCCAAGGACGGGCGUCUGUACCGCAACAACGGCAUACUCAACAUGCUGGGGCGCAACCGCGACAUCAAGUGGGGGCCCGAGCGCUGGCAGGACUGGCAGGUGGGCGCGCCGCGGCUCAAGCACGCCAAGGACCGCGGCAGCGAGGGCACCGAGGGCGGGCUCGUCGACGUCGUCAUCACCUGCGAGGAGCGCUGCUGGGACGCCGUCGUCGACGACCUGCUCUCCCGCGGCUCCCCGCUCAACAGGCCGGUCCACGUCAUCAACGUCGACAUCAAGGACAACCACGAGGAGGCCCACGUCGGCGGCAAGGGCAUCCUCGACCUGGCCAACUCGCUCAACGACGCCGCCCGCGAGGAGAGGGAGGCCGUCGGCGCGGCGGCCUUUGACGCACCCACCUCCCCCGCCAGGGCUACCUUUGACGAGAGGGUACCCGAGAUCCUGGGUGCCUGGCAGGAGAGGUGGCCAAACCUUCCUGCCAUAUGGACUCUGUCGUGGUUCUGA